AGCAAAUGUGCCGUGUGCAAUACUGUAGUAGGGAUAAAAGCAGUAGUACACUUUGAUUAAAGUUCGAGAACAUUUACAAAACCGAAGCUGCACACGACUGUAGUACAUUCUCCGUUAACUAAGUUUUAUUUGUAAAAUCGUCCAAAUCAACCUUAAAAAUGCCUUUCGUCGCAAUUGAACACCCAAAAUGCGUAAAAUGCACUAAAUCAGUAUAUGCCGCCGAAGAGCGAAUUGCUGGAGGCUACAAAUGGCAUAAAAUGUGCUUCAAAUGCGAAUUGUGUGGCAAGUUCUUGGACUCCACAAACUGCGCAGAGCACGAUAAAGAGCUGUACUGUAAAAACUGUCACGGAAGAAAAUACGGACCAAAAGGAUACGGUUUCGGUGGUGGUGCUGGAUGCCUGAGUACAGACAAUGGUGAACAUCUCAGCAACGUAUCUUACUAUCAUACUAAGCCUCAAGGUGCUACGGAAUCCCGAAGUAUGGCUAUGGCUCCCGAAGGUGAAGGAUGUCCACGCUGCGGAGGAUUUGUAUACAUGGCUGAGCAGAUGUUAGCAAAAGGAAGAGGAUAUCAUAAAGAAUGUUUCAACUGUUUUUCUUGCCACAAAACUUUAAAUUCAGUGUUACAUUGUGAUGGGCCUGAUAAUGAAAUACACUGUAGAGUUUGCUAUUCGAAGCGCUUUGGUCCCAGAGGUAUAGGUCACAGAGGUGCUGGUGUACAGUCAAUUGGUUUAACAUGUGACUUAAACGACGAAACCGAAAGGGAUGUUAGUACAUCUCGAGCUCCUGUCAUUGAUACGAGUACAACUUCUAUAAAAGCAAAACCAGGACAAGGGUGUCCACGUUGCGGAGGUGUAGUAUUUGCUGCUGAACAAGUGCUUGCUAAAGGAAGUGAAUGGCAUAGAAAAUGUUUCAAAUGUAAGGAUUGCAAUAAAACGUUGGAUUCAAUAAUUGCUUGUGAUGGUCCUGAUCGCGAUGUGUAUUGUAAAACUUGUUACGGUAAAAAGUGGGGUCCGCAUGGAUAUGGAUUUGCUUGCGGCUCAGGAUUUCUUCAGACAGAUGGCUUGACAGAUGAACAAAUUGCGGGAUCGCGACCAUUUUAUAAUCCAGAUACUACAUCUAUUAAAGCUGAAAAAGGAGAGGGUUGUCCGAGAUGUGGUGGAAAAGUAUUUGCCGCUGAACAACAAUUGGCUAAAGGAGCUAUGUGGCACAAAAUUUGCUUUAACUGUGCUACUUGCCACCGGCCAUUAGACUCUACUUUGGCUUGUGAUGGACCGGAUAAAGAAGUUUACUGCCGAUCAUGUUAUGGAAAAUACUUUGGGCCCAAAGGAUUUGGAUAUGGACACUCUCCAACUUUGGUCUCCACCAAAGGAGAAUCUACUAUGUUGUUCUCGGAAGCAAGGCCAACAUCUGGAGUCAAAAGCAGAAAUGGAAAUGGUUGUUUGAGGUGUGGAUACGAAGUUUAUGCCGCUGAACAAAUGAUAAGCAAAAAUAAGUUAUGGCACAAGAGAUGCUUUACUUGCGCUGAUUGCAGCAAGUCAUUAGAUUCAACAAGUUUGAAUGAUGGUCCUGAUGGCGAUAUUCAUUGCAGACCUUGUUAUGCAAAACAUUUUGGGCCAAAAGGUUGUGGCUUCGGUAUGGGUGCUGGUGUUCUUUCUAUGGCAUAAAUGAUUACUAUGAAAUUAAUGAAAAUCAAAGGCGAAAGAAUAUAACUUUUAAACAAACUUCAUUUGAACCUUUGUUUUAUGCUUUUUUUCUUGUAAUAUCACCUAAAAUACACUAAUUAUUUUAAUAAACCUUAAAAAAGUUAUAAUUUA